AUGCCCAUUCUGCCAGAAGACCAGAUCAGCUGGGGUGGGGCGCUGCUGCCGCGGAUUGAAACCCUGGACUCCAGGAUCCGUGGUGUAGCUCUCGAGCGAUACUAUCUGCCGAAGUUGGUGGAGAAUGGUGCGGCUCACCCAGUCAUCGACAGAGUGAUCCAAGCUGCACAAGUUCCACGAGAUCGUCAGUCACACCGUUCAAAGCACCGGCCAGCUGGCAUUAGGCACGCAUCUUCGUUGCCCUCUAUCCCCAGGGUGCCUUCGGCAGCUGCCCACGUGUCGAUGUCAGCCUCGCGCUCUGUCGGGCACAGGCAAAGCGUAAAACCGCCGAUCGGCAGCGGCCGAGGCGCCGCGUAUCAGGAGCCGUACGUCGCCGGUCCUCGGGUCCAAUGGGGUCCUGUGGCGCAGCUCUUCGCAAGAGCCGCUCAACCUGUCCCGUAA